CGCUGGCCGGGCGGGGGGGUGGAGGGGAAUCUCCCGCCAUUUUUCAAUAAUUUCCUCCGGUGCAGCUGAGGACGAGUCGUGACUGCCGAACGUGAGGACCCGUAGCGAAGGUUGGCCGGAGGCUUCGGGACGGCGCAGAAGUGUGCGAGGGAGUUCUCUGCCCGUGGGUCCCGUUCCAUGGCUCUAGCGCAGCGGCGCCAGCAGUGAAGGAGCCGAGUUCGCGCCGCCCUCUCACCCCUCCCCUCCCCCACCCCACCCCCGGGAGCCAGGCGCUCGCUCCGGGCCGCGGGGCCUAGUGUUGCGCCGCGGGUCCACUGAGGAGCCGUCGCCUUCCCCGCUGCCGCCGCCGCGAUGGCGCCGCUCCUGGGCCGCAAGCCCUUCCCCCUGGUGAAGCCGCUUCCCGGCGAAGAGCCGCUCUUCACGAUCGCGCACACUCAGGAGGCCUUCCGCACCCGGGAAGAGUAUGAAGCCCGCUUGGAAAGAUACAGUGAGCGCAUCUGGACGUGCAAGAGUACCGGGAGCAGUCAGCUCACACACAAGGAGGCCUGGGAGGAGGAACAGGAAGUUGCUGAACUUUUGAAGGAGGAGUUCCCCGCCUGGUAUGAGAAACUUGUCCUGGAAAUGGUUCACCAUAACACAGCCUCCUUAGAGAAGCUAGUGGAUACUGCUUGGUUGGAGAUCAUGACCAAAUACGCAGUGGGAGAAGAGUGUGACUUUGAGGUUGGGAAGGAAAAAAUGCUCAAAGUGAGGAUUGUUAAGAUUCAUCCUUUGGAGAAAGUAGAUGAAGAGGCCACUGAGAAGAAAUCUGAUGGCUCCUGUGACUCUCCCUCAAGCGACAAAGAGAAUUCUAGCCAAAUCGUUCAGGACCAUCAGAAGAAGGAGGCAAUUGGGAAAGAAGAGGAAGGAAGGAGAGAGAGUAUUAACGACAGAGCACGCAGAUCUCCACGAAAACUUCCUACUUCAUUAAAAAAAGGAGAGAGGAAAUGGGCUCCUCCAAAAUUUCUGCCUCACAAAUACGAUGUGAAGCUACAGAAUGAAGACAAGAUCAUCAGUAAUGUGCCAGCAGACAGCUUGAUUCGUACAGAACGCCCACCAAAUAAGGAGAUACUUCGAUACUUUAUACGGCACAAUGCGUUACGGGCUGGCACUGGUGAAAAUGCCCCUUGGGUGGUGGAAGAUGAGUUAGUGAAGAAAUACUCCUUGCCUAGCAAGUUCAGUGACUUUCUGCUUGAUCCAUACAAGUAUAUGACUCUCAACCCAUCUACUAAAAGGAAGAAUACUGGAUCUCCAGACAGGAAGCCCUCAAAGAAAUCCAAGACAGACAACUCGUCUCUCAGUUCACCACUAAAUCCUAAGUUAUGGUGUCACGUACACCUGAAGAAAUCCUUGAAUGGCUCGCCACUCAAAGUGAAGAACUCAAAGAAUUCCAAGUCUCCAGAGGAGCAUCUGGAGGAAGUGAUGAAGAUGAUGUCACCCAACAAGCUACAUGCCAACUUUCACAUUCCUAAGAAAGGCCCACCUGGCAAGAAGUCAGGGAAGAACAGUGACAAACCUUUGAAAGCCAAGGGCAGAGGCAAAGGCAUCUUGAACGGACAGAAAUCCACAGGGAAUUCCAAAUCUCCCAAGAAGGGCCUGAAGACCCCUAAAACCAAAAUGAAACAGAUGACUUUGUUGGACAUGGCCAAAGGCACUCAAAAGGUGACUCGAGCCCCGCGGAAUUCCGGGGGCACCCCCAGGUCCUCUAGCAAGCCUCACAAACACCUGCCUCCCGCUGCCCUGCACCUCAUCGCCUACUACAAGGAAAACAAAGACAGGGAGGACAAGAAGAGCGCGCUGUCCUGCGUGAUCUCCAAGACAGCUCGUCUCCUCUCCAGCGAAGACAGGGCGCGCCUCCCGGAAGAACUGCGGAGUCUCGUGCAGAAACGCUUUGAGCUCCUAGAGCACAAAAAGAGGUGGGCUUCUAUGUCCGAAGAGCAGCGCAAAGAAUAUCUGAAAAAGAAACGAGAGGAGCUGAAAGAGAAGUUGAAGGAGAAGGCGAAGGAGCGGAGAGAGAAAGAAAUGCUUGAGAGACUCGAGAAACAGAAGCGGUACGAGGACCAAGAGUUAACUGGCAAAACCCUUCCAGCAUUUAAAUUGGUAGAUACCCCCGAGGGGCUGCCCAACACACUCUUUGGGGACGUGGCCAUGGUGGUGGAGUUCUUGAGCUGUUACUCUGGGUUACUCCUACCAGAUGCCCAGUAUCCCAUCACUGCCGUGUCCCUCAUGGAAGCCUUGAGUGCAGAGAAGGGUGGCUUUUUAUACUUGAAUAGAGUAUUGGUCAUCCUCCUGCAGACCUUGUUACAAGAUGAAAUAGCAGAAGACUAUGGUGAACUGGGAAUGAAGCUGUCAGAAAUCCCUCUGACCCUGCAUUCUGUGUCAGAGCUGGUUCGGCUCUGCUUGCGCAAAUCUGAUGUUCAGGAAGAGAGCGAGGGCUCAGACGCAGACGACAAUAAAGACUCUGCGUCAUUCGAGGACAGUGAGGUCCAAGAUGAGUUCCUAGAAAAGCUGGAAACCUCUGAAUUUUUUGAACUCACAUCAGAAGAGAAACUGCAGAUCUUGACAGCCCUUUGCCACCGGAUUCUCAUGACAUACUCCGUGCAGGACCACAUGGAAACCAGGCAGCAGAUGUCUGCAGAGUUAUGGAAGGAACGGCUUGCUGUGUUGAAGGAAGAAAAUGAUAAGAAGAGAGCAGAGAAACAGAAACGGAAAGAAAUGGAAGCCCGGAAUAAAGAAAAUGGAAAAGAGGAGAAUGGGCUAGGCAAAGCUGACAGGAAAAAAGAAGUUGUGAAGUUUGAGCCCCAAGUAGAUAUGGAAGCUGAAGACAUGAUUAGUGCUGUGAAGAGCAGACGACUGCUUGCCAUUCAGGCUAAGAAGGAGCGAGAGAUUCAGGAGAGAGAAAUGAAAGUGAAACUGGAACGCGAAGCUGAAGAAGAACGAAUACGAAAGCACAAAGCGGCUGCUGAGAAGGCUUUCCAGGAAGGGAUUGCCAAGGCGAAACUGGUCAUGCGGAGGACUCCAAUUGGCACAGAUAGGAACCAUAACAGAUACUGGCUCUUCUCAGAUGAAGUUCCAGGUUUGUUCAUUGAGAAGGGCUGGGUCCACGACAGCAUCGCCUACCGAUUCAGCCAUCAGCGGAAAGACCACGCAGACUCUGCUGAUGAGGACUACUGUCCCCGGAGUAAGAAAGCAAACCUAGGCAAAAAUGUAAGCAUGAACACGCAACACGGCCCAGCAACAGAAAUUGCUGUCGAGACCACUAUACCCAAACAAGGACAGAAUCUAUGGUUUUUAUGUGAUAGUCAGAAGGAACUGGAUGAGUUGCUAAAUUGCCUUCACCCUCAGGGAAUAAGAGAAAGUCAGCUUAAAGAGAGACUAGAGAAGAGGUACCAGGACAUUAUUCAUUCUAUUCAUCUGGCCCGGAAGCCAAAUUUAGGUCUAAAAUCCUGUGAUGGCAACCAGGAGCUGUUAAACUUUCUUCGGAGUGAUCUCAUUGAAGUUGCAACAAGGUUACAGAAGGGAGGACUUGGUUAUGUGGAAGAAACCUCAGAAUUUGAAGCUCGGGUGAUCUCACUAGAGAAACUGAAGGAUUUUGGUGAAUGUGUGAUUGCCCUUCAAGCCAGUGUCAUAAAGAAGUUUCUCCAAGGCUUCAUGGCUCCCAAGCAGAAGAGAAGAAAACUCCAAAGUGAAGAUUCAGCCAAGACUGAAGAGGUGGAUGAAGAGAAAAAAAUGGCAGAGGAAGCAAAGGUUGCAUCUGCUCUGGAAAAGUGGAAGACAGCUAUCCGCGAGGCUCAGACUUUUUCCAGAAUGCAUGUUCUACUUGGGAUGCUUGAUGCCUGUAUCAAAUGGGAUAUGUCAGCUGAAAAUGCUCGAUGCAAAGUUUGUCGAAAGAAAGGUGAAGAUGACAAGCUGAUCUUAUGUGAUGAGUGUAAUAAAGCCUUCCACCUGUUCUGUCUGAGGCCGGCCCUCUAUGAAGUACCAGAUGGUGAGUGGCAGUGCCCAGCUUGCCAGCCUGCUACUGCCAGGCGCAACUCCCGUGGCAGGAAUUACACUGAAGAGUCUGCCUCUGAGGACAGCGAAGAUGACGAGAGCAGUGAAGAGGAGGAGGAGGAGGAGGAGGAGGAGGAUUAUGAGGUGGCUGGUUUGCGACUGAGACCACGCAGGACUGUUCGGGGCAAGCAGGGUGUCAUCCCCCCUACAGCGCGGCCCGGCCGACGGCCAGGCAAGAAGCCGCAUCCCACCAGGAGGGCUCGGCCGAAGGCUCCACCUGCGGACGACAUGGAGGUGGACGAGCUGGUACUUCAGACCAAACGGAGCUCCCGGAGGCAAAGCCUGGAACUGCAGAAGUGUGAAGAGAUCCUCCACAAGAUAGUGAAAUACCGCUUCAGCUGGCCCUUCAGGGAGCCCGUGACCAGAGAUGAGGCUGAGGACUACUAUGACAUCAUUACCCACCCCAUGGACUUCCAGACAAUGCAGAGCAAAUGUUCCUGUGGGGGCUACCGCUCUGUGCAGGAGUUUCUUGCUGACAUGAAGCAAGUGUUUACCAAUGCUGAGCUUUACAACUGCCGGGGCAGCCACGUGCUGAGCUGCAUGGUGAAGACGGAACAGUGUCUGGUGGCUCUGUUGCAUAAACACCUUCCUGGCCACCCGUAUGUCCGUAGGAAACGCAAGAAGUUUCCCGACCGGCUUGCUGAAGAUGAGGGGGACAGUGAGCCAGAGCCCAUUGGACAGUCCAGGGGACGAAGACAGAAGAAGUAGAGAGGCAGGGCCCUGGUAAGGGAGCUGAGGUCGGGGGGGACUCGAGGGAAAGAGCGAGGGAGGGGGGAGGGAGGAGAGAGAGGAAGCUGGAGAAGAACGUGGACGGGAGGAGGUCACAGGGAGCCCGGGAAUGCCUGUCACCCGAGCUCGCACGCAUCUCCAGAACUCUCCGUGGGCCUUAAUCAAGCAGCGCACUUUGGAGAGCCUCUUGCUGGGUCGGUGGUCUUUGUCCAGAAAUGCUGUGGGGAGAGGUGGCCUUAAUCCCCCUUCAUGAGGGUUUCCAGGAGGAGUCCAAGUCUUUUCUUGUGAACCCAGUUCCUUUUCUUUCUUCUUUGCUAAGGUCCCUCCCACUUUGGCCGCCACAGCAGUGCCAAGCCCUCUGGUCUCCAGGGGAGGGAUUACUCUGUUACGUAGAAGGAUGAAGGGUAAUCAGGCCAACUGGGGAGGUAGUCUCGAUUUUUUAAAUCUAUAUUUAUACACAGUCCUGUUUCUUCGAGCCCGAGCUGUGUCUCUCCGUCCCGCUCUCCCGCCCUCUCAGCUGACAGUAUCAGUGAGUGCCAUACAGAGUUCUGUUUUCACCAGCAUCAUGAGACAGUUGUGGUCUGUUGAGUUGAUCUUGGCAGAGUAAAGGGACAUGUCCUACAGCCAUUCCUGAGUACCCCUCCCCUUCUUUGUGACAGCUCUGUCCCUGCCCCUGGCCCCCUGAAACAAAACCUAAGGCACUUCACUCAGAGCCUGGAGCCCUGCUUGUAACCAUGUGUAUAACCUUUCCUUUGAUGGGUCUGGCAGAGGGGUGUUGGAGCCCAGCCCACCCACACACCAGACAAGCUCUUAGGGGAGCAGAAGAAAAGCAGGAAGAAUUUAAAUGUUUAAUUUUUUUUAAAUUGACUUUUCUAGUUAUUAAAGGUUGCUUGUUUUAGCAGUGAUAUUGUAUAAAGAACAUCUUGUAAAAAGAUCUCUGUCAUCUCGCUUUGGCACAUGUACAGUACGGUUUCUAUGAUAACGUGUUUGCUUUCCUUUGCCCGGUCUCUUCCCUCAGCCUGUCCUCUCUCCUCUAGAGCAGGUGGGCUGGGGCUCGUCGGGGCCGGCGGUGGGGACCACCUGCUCGUGGACAGUCCCUCUGCCGCCCUGGCAGCCGCUUCCGCCGCCUCCGUGUGCAGCGCCCGUGCCACGCUCCUCUGGCCUCAGGGUUCGACCUGAGAACCCGAAUCUCAGCGCCAUGUCGGGCUUGGGGGCGGAGGGCAGUGGGGGCUCUGUGGCCCUUCCCACAGUGAAUCUCGCGCUAGUCGUCAGGUUCAGGCCACCUUUGUAGUCUUCUUUCCCUUUUAUGGCAGAUUUUGAUAAAAAACGCAGAACAGGGUUUAAUUUUCUUUUCUGUCAACUUUGAAUUUGGAAAACGUGAGCACCUAAGCGCUUCGGGACCGAUUCAAAUGAAGGGAAAAGAAGUCCACCAAGGGGACUGCAGCUCGCGGAACUAAAGCCUGUUAAAGUGAAACGUCCAGGUGUGGUCCCCUUGCCUGGGCCACCUCGGGGUUUGCCCCAAGGGCUGCCGGUUGGGCUCCCCCGGGCUGGGAGGCAGCACUGACGUUGCAGCAUCACAGCCCCGCGCCAGCACCUUCCUGCCUCUCGCCCUAGAGCCAGUCUGUUUGUUCACAGUGAGAAUUCUGUGUUCCCACUUCAGUGACACCUCAGUUACUUGUUGUUUUUUAAAGUGUCUUUAAGGAGGAAGGGCCCCAUUAAAGGGUAAACUUGUAAUAAAUUGGGCUUUCAAAUAAACAUUAUGUACUUGUGUUUAUAAAGAA